AGGACAUUGACCACUACAAUUUCCAUUCCAUCCGAGUGCGAGGAGAGAUCUAGUGAUGGGACAUCCCUCUACCACUAGAAGCCUUUUAGGCCUUUCCAGAAGCUUCAAACGCCUGAAUCUCUCGGACCCUCUGACGCAAUGUCUAGUGCCUCGGUUGACCCGAUCCUUCGCAUCGGAAACUCACCUUCCAGUCGCGGAGCUGACCCGAGAAAUUGAGGCAGAAGUUGCGGCGUCUUCAACCAAAGCAGACACUCCUUCCAACACCUCAUCGACAAACACUCCCAAGCUCUCCUUGAAUGCGUUUGAAUCACCCGUUCUGGCGACGUUGUACAACUUCCCGAAACUCGAACCUUCUCGUUAUGCCCUCUAUCACCCCAAAUUCCUCGACGUCCCCCUGAGACGCGACAUCCUUCACCGAGCAGUCAUCUAUGAAGGCGACAAGACAAGACAAGGUACCGCAAGCACGAAAUGGAGAAAGGACGUCCAUGGCAGCAACAGAAAGAUCGUUCCUCAGAAGGGAACAGGACGAGCUCGUGCAGGUGACAAGAAGUCUCCGACCCGAAGAGGUGGUGGUGUCGCCUUCGGACCCCAUCCCCGGGACUUUUCUACCGAAUUGCCGCAAAAAAUCUAUGCUCGAGCAGUUCGAACCGCAUUGAGCUAUCGCUACAGAAAGGGAGAGUUGAUCAUUCUCGACAACGAGAUCUGCUUACCCGACAACAUCGGCGACGCACGUGACAGCUGGCUCAAAGCGGUCAUGACACGCAACAGAAUUGGCCACGCCAACGGUCGCAGUCUUCUCGUCACCAGUACGACGCAGGAUGCCUCACCGGAGUUGUUUGAAAGUAUGGAGACAAUCGGGCGACAUGGAAUGUUGAGAAGCCUUGAGAACGUGGAUGUGAAAAAUCUCCUCGAAACCAAUCGGAUUGUGAUUGAGCGACAGGCACUUCAAUCUUUGCUCUGGAUGCACUGCAGCGACUUGGGUCCCGAGUAUGACACCGAGUUUGAGGCGGAUUCUCCCUUUGUCCAAUAUUUUGACCAGACUUUGUAAAUUAGUAUUACAGCAGGUGUCAAUGAUCAUGGUUCUACAGCCAAUCUCCAAUAGCCAGAAAGAAAUCGAAGCAUGUCAUCUUCGUUUGGUUGACAUGUGGUCACUCAACGAGUGGGAGAGAUCAAAUUUUUCUAUGUACCAAGCUAUCAACCAGCACUCGUCAUUCCCAGGCUC